AUGUGGACAUCUCGAGUACGACAGCCCGUGACAAAUAUUGUCACCGUCUCACGUCGCCUUCCUAGGAGUGCUCGGCCUGCCGUCAUUCCUUGGAGAAGAGGCUAUGCCAGUAAUGGCCCUAAUGCAUCUGAACAGUCUGGGUCCUCUUCACGUUGGCUUAAGACUUCUUUGGGCCUUGCGGGAACAGGCGCUGCUGCUUUUCUCGUCUACACCUACGCGACACUCGAUAAGAGUCAAGCCGGAAGUCAAGCAGACACGAAGGGUCUCUCACAGGCGACAGAGCAACUGGACUCGCAGUAUGUUCAACACAAAAGAAGCUUAAAAAGCCCUGGCGUGUAUUUAUGGGGCACAAAUUCCCAUCGUGUUGUGGACCCCAACUCCAAGGAGACUGUUAUCAAAACCCCUCGAAGACUUCAUUAUUUUGACGGUCAGGUGCUAAGGGACCUCAAGCUUUCUGACAAGUCUGGUGCAGCGAUUGCUGAAAAUGGUGACCUCAUUCAAUGGGGUAAAGGAUAUUCAGAGUCCGACUUUAAACCCACAAAGACUUUGACAGGAAAGAACUUAACUUCGCUGUGCAUGUCAAACGACCGAAUCCUCGCCUUGUCGUCAGACGGCAGUGUUUACUCUCUUCCAAUCGCCAAAGAUGAUCAACUGUCCGGCCGGAAACUUAAAGAAAGCUCCUGGGUGCCGUUUUGGUCCGGAAAAUCUGGAGUAAGUUACCGGUUGCUGCAACCUAGCUUGAAGCUGGGUGAGAAGGUCACUAUGCUCCGUGGGGGAUUGGAGCAUGCCCUUCUUUUGACAAAUCACGGUCGCGUCUUCUCUGUCGCUUCUUCUACGGAGAGCUAUCCAUCUUUUGGACAACUUGGUGUCCCGGGGUUAACUUGGGCAACCCGACCUAACGGGCCAGUCGACAUGUGUCAUGAGAUUGAGGCAUUCAAGGGCAUUAAGAUUACACAAAUCGCUAGUGGAGAUUACCAUUCCCUGGCUCUAAGCAAGGAUGGCAGCUUGUUUACGUUUGGAGAUAAUUCCUUCGGGCAAUUGGGUAUGGCAUUUGACGCCGCACUGCCUUUUAGCGACACACCUACCUCUUUGCCUAUCAAAAACCUUUAUAAAGGGAACACUACGUUUCCCAAGGUAACUGGAAUUGCAGCCGGUGGUGCCAACAGUUUCUUUACUGUGGAUGCACAGCGAAUCGUUGGUCCUGGUGAAAACCCUUCCACUGUUCGCGAUUUGGACCGCAUUACGGCUGACACCUGGACAUGCGGAAGAGGGAUUUGGGGUGCUCUUGGUACUGGAAAAUGGACUCAUAUGCAAGAUGCUCCCACCAAGGUCAAGUCCUUGAGCGGUUUAUUCGAAUAUGACGAACGGAAGAAGAAACUGACACCUAUUCGACUUCGCGAUCUAUCAGUGGGCACGACGCACGUAUCGGCAGUAAUGGACAAUGAUGCUCAUAUCGAUCCGUCACCUAGCAAUUCUUUGGACGAUGCCACCAACUUUGGUUUCGACGUGCUCUUUUGGGGAGGGAACGAGCAUUUUCAACUUGGCACGGGCAAGAGAAGCAACCAGUCCAAGCCAACACAUAUCAACGCGCCUCCGGAAGAUAAAGGAGAACUUGCUGAGCAGGAGGCACGGCUCCAGGUCAUGCCUCGUCACAAGGGCAAAGUUGGGCCCCGCACAGUGAACAUGGAGCAGCGCGUGGAAUGCGGGAGACACAUCUCUGCAAUCUACUCUUCUGUAUAA